UUUUCUAGAAUCAUAGAAAAAGUCAAACUGCGAAAAUCGAAAUUUUAUUUGGAAAUUGGAAAUACUGUUUUUGGAACAUCUACAUCUGGUUCUAACAAAUUUUCGUCAGUAAAGUUACGUUUUCGUCAAGGUUGCAUCAUGCUUUCACGACUCUGCGUGUCCCGCUCUGCAUUCAGUGUCACUCAUACACUGAAAACACCAGUACCCCAAAGAUUUGUGCCCAAAAAUUAUGUAGUACGAAAUUACGCACGCGAGCCUCGUUCCAGAGUGGCUACACGAUCACAGCCCACAGUAUGGGAAAGGUUGAUGGCUCCAGCUGGUCCUAAUGCUUUUAGCUUGGGGAAAGGUGCUUUAGCAGGUGCCUCAGCUGUGGGCCUUGUGGCAUUGUGUUAUUAUGGAUCAGGUGUCAAACCUGGCACAUUACAAGAGGCACAUCUGUGGCCACAAUUUGUAAAGGAUCGUAUCAAAGCAACAUAUGGAUACAUUGCUGGAUCACUGGUUCUCACAGCUGGUAGUGCAAUAACUGUUUUUAGAACUCCAGCCCUUCUCAACUUAGUUGCUCGCAAUGGAUGGAUGUCGAUUAUUGUGACCAUGGCUCUGAUGAUUGGAUCGGGUAUGGUUGUCAGAGGCAUGGAGUACAAGCCAGGAUUUGGCGCCAAACAGCUUGCAUGGAUGGUGCACACAGGAAUUAUGGGGGCUGUUAUUGCACCUAUUUGCUUCCUUGGAGGACCGGUGCUUAUGCGUGCGGCUUGGUACACAGCCGGUGUAGUUGGAGGCCUGAGUACGAUCGCAGUGUGCGCUCCUUCGGGAGAGUUCCUUAACAUGCGUGCGCCGCUUGCCAUGGGCCUUGGAGCAGUGUUCGCCGCUUCAAUUGCCGGCAUGUUCCUACCACCCACCACCGCGCUCGGAGCAGGAUUGUAUUCUCUGAGUCUUUACGGUGGUCUGAUUGUAUUUGGUGGAUUCCUUCUGUACGACACGCAAGCCAUUAUCAAACGAGCCGAAAUGCAUCCAACGUUUGGAUUCCAACCCUACGACCCGAUUAACUCAGCCAUCUCAGUGUACCUAGACAUUCUGAACAUCUUCAUGCGCAUUGCUAUGAUCCUGUCUGGCGGUGGAGGAAAUAAGAGGAAGUAAACGAAGCCGGCGAUUAUAAUUAGUACCUAUUUAUUAUUAGUAACAGAAAUUAGCAAGCAGGAGUUACAUUCGGUUUAUGUACUUUUUAGCUUAGCAAAUUUUCGUGCUUCGUUUCGGCCAUUGAAAUUGUAAGCUGUUGUGAUAUUGUAAAGAGUAAAGGCGUAAGGUAUCGUUAAGUAUGCGUAAAUAGAAUUUAUCCUAGAAUAUUUCGGAAAUAAAUUGACAUGUGUUUAUUAUUUA